UGGGAAAUGAUGUUUCUUUGACUUGGGGCCGAGAAUUAUCAUUAGGUGCAUUUUUUCAUAUAUGCUAAUCUGAAGUCUAGCACUCAUAGCUGACAAAAGUAAACAGAAAAUACCUAAAAUACUGUGACUUAGCCCUAACUCUAACCCUUAUUAUCAUAUAUAGGAGGCACCAUCCUAUUGUCACUUGGUGCAGAGGGGUCAAAUUUUAAUCUGACUUGUGUGUUUCCAUGAAUUGUCAUGUAGUCUUGGUCACUUUAGUCCCGUGUCACCAUAGAGGUGUCCAUGUAAGACUGUUGAAACUUUUUCCUCGUCGGACAAAGAUUAUGUCACCUGCUGCUAUCACGGCGCACACUUGCGGCGAGCCAAAAGUAGACGACGCAUAAACAUAGAAGUCUACGUCACGAAAAUCCCGUAAUACUGGUUUUAAUUGUAGACCAGGGGUGCUUACCAUUUCGGAAAACAGCAAACCAACUGAAAGCUUACCAUUUGCAAUUCAAUUUCCCGUUAUUGUUUGCGGCUGCUGAGAGACUGGAAAAUGAAAAAUGUAGCAAAUGGUAAGGAAAUUUCCGCCGUUCCGUUCCGAACGGAGAAAGAGGACCACAGCUGGAGGUAGUUCACAAUUUCAAAACGGAUUUCUCGGAAAAUUAUUGUUCCAUUUGAACUUCAACCGAAAUUUCCGGAUUUCUUGGCUAAAUGGUAAGCACCCCAGUACUCACUAGAGAAAUGAAUCUAGUUGACCAUGAAGCUAGCUAUUUAUUUUGUGGUUGCUAUUCCAAUAGACCCCAACAAAAGUGCCACAAUGGAAAACAAAGUGCUGUCUCCAUUACAUUACGCGUGCUGGUUUAACGCACCAGAAGCAGUCAGUACUUUACUUGAUAACAAUGCAAACGUUGAGAGCUGCGCUGUGUUUGGGCAGAAGCCGCUUCAUUAUGCUGUUACUCGUGCUAGUGUAGAACUCGUGAAGACAUUGCUCACUAAAGGAAAGGCAAAUCCAAAUGGACAAGACAAUCAAAAAUUUUCUCCGCUUCACCUAGCAACGCAAAGAGGAAGACUGGAUAUCAUCAAAUUGCUUUUUGCACAUGGUGCCGACCUUCGUGCACAAAACGACGAACAUGAAACAGUUCUCCACGUAGCCGCAAGAGAAGGGUGGGACGAGGUUUUGAGGUAUCUUCUUCAAAGAGCAUCAAUGACCGGUAUAUCGUGCAAGGAUCUUGUCAAUAGUGAAAAUCAUGAGUCAAAGAGCUGUCUUCAUUUGGCUGUAGAUGGUGGACAUGUUGAGGCAGCUAAGAUUUGCAUUGAAUAUGGCGCCGACGUUCGUCCUGUGACAAAGAGAAACAUCCCGCUACACGUAGCAAGUUCCAUCGGAGACUUAACGAUGGUGAAAUUUCUUCUGUCGCAAAGUGUUAUUCACGUAGACGAGGAAGACUCCGAAGGAAUGACACCAAUACUCAGGGCUUGUCUUUCUGGUCAUGUGGAAAUCAUUGAACACCUUAUCACUAAGGGUGCAGCAAUAUGCUCGUUACCAGGCUCCUCCGCGCCAUCUCCUCUCAUGUGCGCAGCAAAAAGGGGGCAUAAUAGAGCCAUCCUGUUUCUUCUCCAACGCGGAUCGCCAAUUGACCUGAGAGACUCCCAUCAAAGAACGUGCCUUCACGUAGCAGCGCACAGCGCUGAUGUAGAAACUGUUGAUAUAAUUCUCGAGAACGGAGGCAGGGAUUUGAUUGACAGCUUGGACAAAGACAACAGGACACCCAUUCAUUACGCCGCUUCUAAAGGAAGUUAUGAGAUUGUUCAAAAGUUACUUGAUGCAGGAGCAAAUAUAAACGUUAAAGAUGCGGAAGAGAAUGUUCCAAUACACAUGGCUACAGAGAGUGGUAACUUGGCUUGUGUAAGAGCGCUGUUACGAGCAAACCCAAAGUCCCUCCACAACGUGGAAUACAGAUUGAGAACUUCUUUGCAUUUCGCUGCGUAUGAAGGUCAUUUGCACCUGGUAAAGUUCUUAUUGGAUAAUGGAGCCAACCCGGAUCAAAGGGACGAGAAUCAUCUGACUCCUCUUCUAUUGGCAGCUAGACUUGAUCGCUGCCAGACAAUUACGAUGUUGCUGGAUUGUGGAGCAAAGAUUGGCGCAGUUUCCAAAAAUAAGACAUCCGCUAUAGAUAUAGCUGCGUACUUUGGUAACUCUAGCACAGUUCGUUUGCUGUUGGAUCGUGGUGCAGAUGUGAAAAAUAAGUCUGUGUUUGGAAAAGGAUGUUUGGACUCCGCCAUUAAGGGAUCCCGGGAACAAACCUGUAUGGAAAUAAUCAAACACAAACGCUGGAAAGAAUCUGUUGAAGUCAAGGACGAUGAGGGAUUUUGCAUGAUGAAGCAACUUAUUGAAAAGUUUCCUGAUGUGGCCAAGGUAGUAAUGGACAAAUGUGUCGAGACUUCUGAUCACCUGAAGACAGAUGCAGAUUUCUCAACAUCUUUCAACUUUGUGUUUCUCGAUCCCAUACCGGGAGAGCAAAUUAAUGACGAGGGGAUACGCUACUUUGGCCCCAAGCUAAUGUUAAAACACGGUCACAGAGAACUAAUUCUUCAUCCCCUGACCCAGGAACUCAUGAGAGUGAAAAGGAGUUCCUUAAAUUUAAAAUACUUCUACCUGGCGUUCUUCAUAUACUCGUUAUUUACUGUAAACUUGACUUUCCUUGUGCUGUGCCUUAAUUCAUGGUCCAUAGACUCACAGCGGAACUCGACCUCUGAGUUUACUCGGGAUUUCUGUCCCGCAUAUGGUCUCCAUGCCACCAGAGGAACGACAGCAAUUAUCUCAGGGAUCUCUUUGCUGAGUCACAUUUAUAGAAUAUACUGUGAGAAAUGGAGUUAUUGGAUGGAUGUAUCAAAUUUGCUGGAGUUAUGUGCCCUUAUUUGUGCCAUUAUCACGAUUGUUAGCAGGGAAAUUUAUCACAAUGAACGUUUUGAAUUUUCUUUUGGAAUAAUGGCGGUUCUGCUAGCUUAUCUCACACUCAUGUCUUAUUUGCAAAGUGUGUUUAAGGCUGGUAUCUAUGUAACAAUGAUGUUUGAAGUGCUAAGAACUCUUCUAGUGGUUUUCGCAGUCUUUUCUCUUCUUUUGUUUGCGUUUGCUUUGGUCUUCCAUGCGCUGCUGUCAAGACAAGCAAACGCGUCAAGGGCCGGUAUCAAGCUUGAACAGGACGGUGAGGACCCCUUUGGCACGCUAGAUCUGUCGAUAUUGAAAGUGUUGGAUAUGAUGAUCGGCGAGCUGGAAUACAGCACAUUUUUUGUUGACAAGACGCUAUAUCUCCCUGAUCUGACGAGAUUUAUUUUUGCCGUAUUUUGUGCUUUGAUACCGAUAGUCUUCAUGAAUUUAUUGAUUGGCUUGGCUGUGGGUGAUAUUGAAUCGAUUCAGAAAAAUGCAGAAUUGAAGCUGUUAGCGAUAGAGAUCGAGGAUGUGUACUCCUUUGAACGACGCCUACCAAACUGUUUACUUCGCCGUAUACACAAGUCACGCGUCACAAAGUAUCCCAAUAGACGGGGCUGGCGGCAGAAAGGAGUUAUGAAUAUUCGCAGAUUAAUAGCAGGAAUGAAGGAUAACUUGGCCUUUGAGCAGACAGAUUGUGAAAGUUUUGAGCAAGCGGCUGCAUCUGUCUGCCACAGAAUGGAUGCCUUGGAGCAAAAGUGAGAUUCCUGCUAUGAUUUAGUGCAUGUUUUUACC